AUGCGUUUCUCCGUCACUGCUCUCUUCCUUGCCGGUGCUGCUUGUGUCACCGCACAGAUCACUGAUGACUUCCUGGGUUGUGCUGCCGCUGCCCUGGACAGCAUUGACGUCUCCAAGUUGGCCGAUUGCACCGACUUGACCAGCACCGAGUGUCUCUGCGCCAACAAGGAUGCGAUCACCGAGCUGUCCGACGACGCCAAGGAUGCCUGCGACGCGGCAGGAAUUGACCUGAGCAAGCUGAAUACCACCCUGUGCGCCGACACUAGCAACACCGCCGCCCCAGCUCGUCACGCUAGCAAUCCCAUGGAGCCCGCCACCGGCCGCGGAACGACAGAGAACAGCAAGCGUGCCUUCCGUUUCUCGGGUGAUGAGGCUGCCACUCCUCAUGUCAUCUAUGUGACCGAGACUCUCACCGAGUGCAGCUGCAAGAGCACAUCCGCCCCCGCCAGCCGGAUGCACAUCUCCCAGAUUCCCGUCAGUGUGCCUGUUAGCAGCAGCAUGGCCGCCAAGGUGGCUGCCUCCACCCCUGCUUCCACUCACAGCGCGAUGAUGGCCGCCUCUUCCUCUGUCAUCUUCGGUUCUCAGAUGUCUGCUGCUACCCCCGGCCCCAGUGGUGCUAGUGCCAAUCGGUUCAAGACCUUCCAGGGUGCUGCCCCCAAGGCCAACGCUGUCCGCAGCGGUGUUGCUGCCCUCGGUAUUGCCGCUGUCAUGGGCUUGGUGAUGGUUCUGUAA